AGUUGUCGCUGCUGGUGGAAGAAUGUUUUUUAUCAGCUGACCAGAAAUGAAGUUUGCCGUGAAAUGGAUUUACGGGUCAGUGUAACGCUUGUGGAAACGACAGAAACUACAACCAGGGAGUGUCCAACAGUGAGGAUCACAAGAUCCAGACAACUGGACUGAUCUCUACCAGCUACAGCUCAGAGAUCUCUCCAGACUAUGGCUUCACAACACUCAGUCAGUCUUUUCUUUUCUGGACAAGCACAACUCUCUCUUUAGUACUUCCUGUCUUUCACUGCCUCAACCUUCCCUUUUCUCUCUCGUCUUCUCUGUGUGAGUGUCCUGUAUUCUGUCCGUGAACAUGGACGACACAGAGCCUGUUCAGCCCAGUCUCAACUCUAACUAUGUUCCAACCACUCCCGGCAACCACCAUGUAUCUGAGGAUGAGGAGAGCGAUGACCAGAGUCCCUCGUCAUCACUCCUACCCAAACAUUCCUCAGUGCCUCUGGCCGUGCGCUACAGCCCAGAGGACUCCUACUGUUUUGUGUACAUUAUCUUCUUUCUCAUGGGCAUCGGCUCCCUGCUGCCCUGGAACUUCUUCAUAACAGCCAAACACUACUGGCUCUACAAACUGAGUAACAACACUCAUGGCAGCGGCAAUAAGGAGCACCGCUCAGACCUCAGUGACUACUUUGAAAGUUAUCUGGCCAUUGCCUCCACGAUACCCUCUGUGCUGUGUCUGAUCCUCAACUAUGUCCUAGUUAACAGGUUGUCCUCAAAUGUGCGGAUCCUGUCUUCCCUUUUUGUGAUCCUGGUGGUGUUUGUGGUGACCACAGUUCUGGUGAAGGUGGAUGUGUCAGACAGCAGGACAGAGUUCUUCAUUGGCACGUUGGCCAGCGUGGCUGUCGUCAGUGGAGCCUCCAACCUCUUCUCUGGCAGUGUGUUCGGGAUCAGUGGGCAUUUCCCCAUGAGGAUUUCUCAGGCCCUUAUAUCAGGUCAGGCCAUGGGAGGCACACUGAGUGCAGUAGCAUCAAUACUGGACCUGGCACUGGCAAAGGAUGUGGCAGACAGCGCCCUGGCCUAUUUCCUGACAGCUGACGUCUUCAUCCUGCUCUGCAUCAUGACAUAUCUGCUUCUGCCCAAGCUGGCAUAUUCAAGACACUACAUGCUGGCAGCAACGGGUGACGGAGGAGCAGCAGCAGGCACAGGGAGCAGAGUCUCCGUCCCACCUCUGCAGCCUAUCCUCAAGAAGACAUGGGUGCUGGGCCUGAGUGUCUUCUACGUCUUCUUCAUCUCCAUCAUGGUGUUCCCUGCGGUAUCUUCAGGGAUCCAAUCUGUCAACAAAGCCAGCGGCAGCCCCUGGACAACCACUUACUUUGUGCCCCUCACCAGUUUCCUCCUGUACAACGUAGCAGACUUCUGUGGCAGGCAGGCCACAGCCUGGCUGCAGGUCCCCGGCCCCACCAGCCGAGUCCUCCCUGUGCUGGUGGUGUGUCGCUCCGUCAUGGUGCCACUUCUCAUGUUUUGCAACUUCCAGCCGAGGGACCACCUCCACACUGUGCUAUUCGCCCAUGACGUGUACCCUGUGGUCUUUAACUGCCUGCUAGGCCUCACUAACGGCUACCUCGGCACUCUGCCGAUGAUCUAUGGCCCUAAGGUGGUACCUCGAGAGCUGGCAGAGGCCACAGGAGUGGUCAUGUCCUUCUUCCUCACUCUGGGACUGGCUGUAGGAUCUGCUUUCUCUGUGCUUAUUGUGCACUGCAUUUGACAAGGCUGUUAUAAAAUAGCCCAUCCAUUCACUGUGGUAUAGUUGCACUAUACAGUCGAGUCUGAAGAAUACCAGAACCUCAGAACUAUGAUGCGACGUACACCAGUACAGCCAGCUGUCUGCAUGAGGGAAAGUGCUGAUAAGCUUCUCAUCUCUGCUCUUAACCAAAAAGCCUUUGACUACUUCAUACCUCACAUUGAUGUGUGUUAUGUUUACACUGAUGUGGUUGUACCUGCCAAGACUUGAUCUCUACAUAUAUAAUAUCAGGAAAUGGCUCUCUUAGCAACAAUAGAUAUCAGUGCAGUCCAUAAGGGACACACCACUGGACAAGUUCUUUUGUUUUUCAUACUGCAAAACACACAUUUUGCACAAAUGUAUUAGGUUCCAGGGUAAGAUACCAAAAAGGUUAGGUGGAAACGCAGCUUAGGGGUGAACUUUUGUGGUACUAUGUGCAUUGUUAUGCAGUAGGUGUUCAAUAUUAGUUUAGUUCAACUGUAAUAAAAAAAAAACGUAUAGAUGGUAAAGAAGCACCACAUUUUUGUGACGGAUACAGCUCAAAACAUGGCUGAUUGUCAUUCAACAUGUGGUUAUUCAUGUCUGCCCUGUAACUACUUGAUACAACUUUAUAAACUGAACAUUUACAGUAACAAAUGAGGUCUUGGUCAUCAUUCUUAAAUGUGCACUUAAGCUGCAGUUUUAGAACCUGUAAUAGUUGAAAUAUUUUAAGCAUACUAUCGAUAGGAGUUCUUUAAAUGACACGAACAUGACUGACUGCUGAGGUUGUACAAAACUCGGUUUCCUUGUAGCAGAAAUGAACACCCUGUAAUAAACAAGGAGGCAAGCUUGAUAAGAAUACUGACCUAAAUUCAGUUUACAACAGAAGGAACAAAAUAAACCAGGUGGAUUGGGAUCACUUUAAUUGUUAAAAAUUUACAGACCAACUGACAGUUGGCGCUGGGAUCGAGGCAGACAACGAUCGAAUUCAAGAUGCUCUUUGUACGUUAGAAACAGUGAUUUACAAACAGUAGGAAGAGCACAAACAAUGGGAGGUGAGUGGGAGGUACACUCUGAAACCAAUUACCUCCAUAUCAGCUCCUUAAAACAAGAACACACAUUUUCUCUCUACAAAAUAUAAAGGCAAUAUAAGGAUCAGACAUACUGCUAAAAGUAAUGGCAGCCAAUCGUAACACACUGAGCGGUCUCUCCUGUUUGCAAUCAGUUCCUCCGGGGAGGAGGAGUCAAAUACAGGUGCAGGGGGGGGGGGGGGG